UCUGCACUUUCCCAGCUUUUCACUUCUUCCUCCUUUUUUUCUCGCUUACCAAACAAACACUCACACUCACUACAAAGAAACCUCAGCUGAUCAGAUGAGCUUAGCUGGUUACUGUGGUUGUUGGUGAGGCUGUUUCACUCUCUGCGUGGGUGAGAGAUCAAACAUCAUGUCCAUUUCUCAUGUCAACUCUUGAUGUCUGAACCUUCAACCUUCACCCUUAUCUUCCCUUAUUGCUACGCUUCUUCCUCAUUUUGAGUGAAAUUUUUCAGUACAGCAUUUCUACUCAGUACUCAGUAAUUGCCCUUUUGACUUUUUGGAUCAUUCAUGCCUCAAAUGUCAUUCCUAGAGGUUCCUCUCUUUUGAAGUCUACUCAGCAUUAUAUGGAUCAAAAAACAUGGCUUUGGAGGAAAAGAUCCUCAGAAAAGACAAUUGUAGCAACUGAAGACAACACUCACACUUCAAAAGACAAUGGAGAGGUACAGGCACUUCUAACUGAUAAAGAAGAAUUGGAGAAAAACUUGACAGAAUUGAAUAAUAAGCUUGCUUCGGCACUUUCUGACUGUGAUGCUAAAGAUGAGCUAGUGAAGAAACAAACGAAAAUUGCACACGAAGCAGUCUCAGGUUGGGAGAAAACUGAAGAUGAAGUGUUGUCUAUGAAGCAAUAUCUGGAUGAAGCUUUGCAGCAGAAAUUAGUUUAUGAAGAAAGAGUAGCCCAUCUAGAUGGAGCUCUGAAAGAAUGUAUGCAGCAGUUACGAUUUGUUCGCGAAGAACAAGGACGAAGGAUUCAUGAUGCUGUGAUGACGGCUUCAAAAGAAUUUGAAAAAGAGUACAUGGUGUUGGAGGAGGAGUUAUCUGAGACAAGUAAAAGGCUUGCAAAAGCUGAGAUUGAGAAUUCUCAUCUAAUCAACUCCAGUUUAGCAAAAGAAAAUUUGAUUAAAGAUCUGAAAAGACAGCUUACUCAAGUUGAGGCAGAUCAUAGUGCUCUGGUGAAUCGACUAGAGGCCACGGAGAAAGAUAAUGCUUCACUGAAGUAUGAGGUUCGACUGCUUGAAAAGGAACUGGAGAUCCGAAAUGAGGAGAGAGAAUUUAAUCGUCGGACUGCUGAUGCUUCUCACAAGCAACACUUAGAGAGUGCUAAAAAAAUUGCCAAGUUAGAAUCAGAAUGUCAGAGGCUGCGCCUUCUGGUUCGGAAACGGUUACCGGGUCCUGCUGCCCUAGCAAAAAUGAAAAAUGAAGUUGAAAUGAUGGGACGAGAUCCAGUUGAAAUGAUGAGAAACAAGUUGAACCCGACCAGUUUAAUGGUUGAGUCUCUAGGUGACAGUUCUCCUAGGACUCCCAAUAGAAGAACCAAUACUUUGAAUGGGCAACUAUUUGCUUUGGAAGAUAAAAACAAGGCUUUAAAAGAAUCUCUGAAUAGGAAAAUGAAUGAGCUCCAAUUCUCAAGAGUAAUGCUUUCUCGCACAGCUUCCAGACUUUUGCAACUUGAGUCACAAAUUGAAGAAUCAUCUAAAGGUCCAGCAACUGUGGAGCAGCCUAGAAGUAACCUAAUACAGCACGAGCUCUCAUUGGCAUCAAUGUCUGAUGUUGGCAGUGAUGACAAGGUUAGCUGUGCUGAAUCCUGGGCUUCUGCAUUGAUUUCAGAAUUGGAGCAUUCCAGAGGUGGAAAACCGAAGGAGUCGUUGUCAUCAUGCAAAAGUGUGGGAGCAUCAGACAUAAACCUUAUGGAUGACUUUGUUGAAAUGGAAAAAUUAGCAGUGGUCUCCGUUGAAAAAGCCUCUGAAAUCUCGUGUGCAUCUCCGAAAGCCGUUAGUGAGAGCAAUGGCUUCUCAGAGACUGGGACAAAUGAUACUGCCUCAGAAGUAAUCGGUAAGGCGAUCAUUCCUGUGUCUGGUGGCGUUUCAGACUUCUCUAUGUCAAAUCAGAAAACCUGUUCCAUUGACAUACCUAAGGGUAACAUUCCCAGUUGGCUUCAAGAUGUAGUGAAAAUGGUCUUGGAACAGAACCAUGUCACUCAUAAAAACCCUGAUGAUAUACUCGAGAAUAUUAGAGUAGCUUUGAGGUAUCUGAAUAAUCCGGAUCCGUCUGGGUUUGAUUUAAGCAAAGACUUGGGUCAUAUAGAUGCACCUGAUCCUCCCCAUUGUAUUCACUGCAUCUCCUCCAAACCUUCAAAUAAUUCUGUAGUGGUAGAUCUAUCCAAUGAUAUAAAUAAUGGUGGCCUCUCAUCAGUAAAAGGAACCAAACAGCAGUCUCAGGUUGAUCUGAGUAAAUCAAUAGGAAAGAUAAUUGAGCUUAUUGAAAGAAUCAGCCUGCCUGUUGUAGAUUAUGAUAAUUCGGAUCCCGUGUGCACAAGUGACGGGAAUACCUUUUCAUAUAAGAAUCUAGGAAUGCCAACAGACUACAUGGUCCGCGUUUUCCAGUGGAAAACAUCAGAGAUCAGUAAUGUUCUGCAACAGUUUCUACAUGUGUGUUAUGAUUUAAUGAACAGCAAGGCUGAUCUUGAAAAAUUUGCCAAAGAACUAACAACGGCUUUGGAUUGGAUUAUGAAUCACUGCUUUUCACUUCAGGAUGUUUCUAGUAUGAGGGAUACCAUCAAGAAACAAUUUGAUUGGGAUGAGACACGAAGUGAAAGUGAAGUGGAGUUCGGGAUGGUAAGUCCUCUUCCAGAGAUAUAUAGGUUGAAUCAUCCCAGAGAACAUUUGCUCUGUCGGCCUCAAGUAACUGUUUCGGAUGGUCAUGAUCUUCAGACUGGAGAGAUGUAUUAUGAUGAAAAAGAAGAAUUGAAAAAUAUGAAAGAUAAGUUGAUCGAUGCUGAAUCUCAGAAGAAAGUCUUAGAAGGCAGGCUUCAAACAACUACUGAUAGGGUUGAAUCCUUAAUGGAUCAACUUCGGGAAUCAGAAAAAACUAUUGAGAGCUUGAGACUAGAGUUGCAAUCAUUAAAAGAAUCAAAUGGAAUACUUGAGGAUGAUAUGGCAAAUCAGAAAUUGAUAAAUUCUGAUCUUGAUGCACAGUAUACAGAAGCUGAAUUAAAAGAGGCUCAUCACAAGGUUUUGGCAUUAGAAGUGGAACUGGAGAACAAGAGCCACUGUUAUGAAGAUUUAGAGGCCAGAUGUCUUGAAUUGCAGCUCCAGCUUGAAAGCAUGUCAAAGGAUUGCCCAAACCAUGGUAUUAACCAGAAAGAUAAGCCACUGCGUACUGACAUGGAGAUCACAGCUGCUUCAGAAAAGUUGGCAGAGUGUCAAGAAACCAUCCUUAACCUUGGCAAGCAGUUGAAGGCAUUAGCUACCCCAAAGGAUGCAUCCCUUAUUGACAAAGCAAUUGCCACGCAACGGAGUACAAUUUCCCACACAACCCCCACCAAGAACGUCGAUCCAAAUCCUGCCGCCCCAAAAUUUAUGAAAAUGAAGAACCGGUCCCUGCUUGAUCAGAUGCUGGCUGAAGAUGAUACUAAAGGCAAUGUUUCCAAAGCAAGUGAUGGAAACUUCAAUCCCACCACCAUUCCUGGUAUUAUAGAGCCCCUGGAAAAGAUUUUAUCUUUGAACAAAGUUAAUAAAGACCAGGAUGACAGCGCUUCUGUUAAUUCUUUGGCCAUUGUACCAGCUAAGAAGGGAAGUUUGUGGAAGAAGUUAUUAUGGAAAAAGAAGAAAAGCGACAACCUGAAAACACCACUUCCGAAGAACACUUGACAUGCUCAUACAUCAUAAACUGUAGUGUUGUUCAAUACAGUACUUAAACAAAAGAAGGAAAUCAUAUGUCUUUUCUGUAAUUUUAUUGAAUGGCACUGAUUGGUGUUUUUGUGUUUUGAUCUUGUACAUACGCUUGAAAACUAACAACCGGGAAAGUCAUCCACCAUUGUUGUAUGAGAAGUCUUCAUUUGUGAUAAAUCCAUUUCAAUGAGAAUUCCCAAUGCUGCUUUGUUGUGGUGCA